AGGCAAGAAAUGAUGCACUGACAUUCUGAACAGCUUUUCUCUAAUGGCUUUUGGAGGGCUCAGAGAAGAGUGGUACUUCAUAUGUUUAUUGAUGGGCCAACAAUACUGGUAAGUAAUACUUCUAGAACGACUGUAGCCAAAAAAGAAAAAUAUUAAGACAAAACUACAUAAUUUUAUCUUGUCUUUUGCCACCGUUAAUUAUUCAGAGUAACAUCAAGUUGCAUUUCAUAACAAUCAGAUCUUUCUGACCCUAUCUUCUUCUUGGAGACUUGAAAAAUCUCUCGUUUGGAAGUUUCCCUACUUUACAUGGGGUUACAGUCACAUCUGCUUACUUACAGUGAGAUUGUUAAAGAGUUGUCUUCCCCAGCCGGUAACUAGAUAAAGUCUUACAGCAGGGGAAAGGAAAAGGCCUGGAAAGAAAAAGUACUGGAGCUGUUUGCUGUGAGUCCUUACCGCCCUUUCACAACAUUCUGCCAAUACUGUGGGCUUUUGCUCAUUUUUGCUGAUCAUCCUUCCCUACUGCUUACCUCUGUGAGGUAAUUAGAAAGCAUUGAUUUUUCUGGCUGUAAUUACUGUCAUGUGCCUUCUCAUACCUGUAUCGCUUUGGGGCACUGGGCAGCAUCACCCCUUCUGUGAUCAGGUGAUACGCCGGCUGUUAUUGACGUUGCCAGCUGAUGCUGACCUUUCCCCAGCAGCCAGCCAGCAUUUCCUUGUAGUCGAGGGACUUCUGAAGAGACAAGUGAUAAAUAUAGAUACGAGCACUUAUCUUGUUUCUAACAUGCAACUGACACUUUCACUUUGCAAACAGGAAUUCCAUUCCUGCUACUGUCCCAAAAUGUUUCUUAAGAAGUGCUUAGGCAGCUUUGACUCCAAAAGUGAUUCGUAUUUGGAAAUUUCAACUUACAAGUGUGUAGCUGCUAAAUUCUUCAACUACUGCCUUGGAAAGAAUGUACCUGUUUUGAAGUGAUCCAGAGUUCCAGAUUGAGUCUGCUGGUGACAUCUGACAAAAAGCCUGGGGCAGAUAGAUUCAGCGUGUGCUGACAGGUGGUGGUUGUGACAGCAGAACGGCGAAAGCAACUCACUGGAAAAAAGUGAUGUGAGUUGGUUCUGCUGAAGGCUGUCUUAGUCAGUGCAAUUAGCUCUACAGAAAGGCUCAGGUGUCUGAAUACAGAGAGAAUUUUGUAAUUCCUCAUGAUCAAAAUUGACAGGCUUGCUUUGCCACAAGUCAGGGCGUUAAAUACCAUCCAGUGUGUCAGGGUUGUUUAUUGUUAUGCUCUUCUGCCAUAAAUCGUAAUUGUUUUUUGUUGGGAAAUAGGAUUUCUGCUGUACAACUAAAAAAAAUCCACAAGGUAUUUACUGUGUAACUUUCAAGCUUUAAGGGAACAAACUUUUUUUUUCUAUUUUCAAGUUGAAAAAAAAGUGAGGAUUUUCUAGACCAUCUGAAAUGGAAGUCUGAGCUGAGGCUUAGAUUAUGUUAAUGUUAAUGUUUCCUAAUAGACAUCACCAGCUAGAAUUCUCAGCAGUUUAAGUGUGGCAGUUAACAGCCUGCAUAAUGAAUCAUACAAUGGCCUGGGUUGAAAAGGACCACAAUGAUCAUCUAAUUUCAACCCCCCUGCUAUAUGCAGGGUCGCCAACCAUCAGACCAGGCUGCCCAGAGCCACAUCCAGCCUGGCCUUGAAUGCCUCCAGGGAUGGGGCAUCCACAACCUCCUUGGGCAACCUGUUCCAGUGCCUCACCACCCUCUGGGUGAAAAACUUUCUCCUAAUAUCUAACCCAAACCUCCCCUGUCUCAGUUAAAACCAUUCCCCCUUGUUCUGUCACUAUCCAUCCUCAUGAACAGCCGUUCUCCCUCCUGUUUAUACACUCCCUUCAAGUGCUGGAAGGCCACAAUGAGCUCUCCCUGGAGCCUUCUCUUCUCCACACUAAACAAGCCCAGUUCCCUCAGCCUUUCCUCAUAGGAGAGGUGCAAAUCAUGCAAAUGAUGGACGUAUGUUUUAGGUUUAAAACAGAUUCUGAAUUUCAGUUUGGCCAAAGAAGCUUUUGUGUGUAAUAAUCUACACUUGAUGUUGUACGGGGAGUUUCUUCCUCCUCUUGGCAUCAUGGAAGCAAAGUAUGUUCUUCCAGCCCAAAUGCAAAUGUUUUAAAAUAUAAUUGCAAACCAAAACUUUUGCGUCACAGGAAUUUAUUUUUUUCCUAGGUUGUCUUUCUCAGCAGCUGUGUGAUUAUGUGUGUGUUCAUAUCAUAUGGAACUGUACGUAGUUCAUCUCUUUCACAGUAAAUCUAAGCUAUCAUUUUACUUGGGGAAAAAGAAAUCAAUGCUGUAUGAUUACAUGUGGAUCUGACUGUCAUUUAAUAUCUUCCAUGAUCCUGUGGUGUUUGAACAGCAGGGUGGCAGCCUUUCCAGGUAGGCAAGAUAGUGAUCGUAGGAUCGUAAAUAAUGCAGGAACUUGACAGAGACCAGAAUAAGAAGGAAAUGUCCUCCAUGGAUUACGCUGGUAUUUGGAGCAUUAGCUCUGCGUGCUGGAGUCAGGAGUCCUGAUGCUUUGUACCAUUCAGCACGUAGGAAUUCACUCUGUGACACAUCACUGGGAGCAGUGUGGCAGUAGCUGCACUCAGGCACCUCAGCUGGCAGCUGUUCAGCCGCACACCUCAGAGCAGCUCACUGUGGGGUUUGUAAAGGCUGCUGUGUUUUUACACUGCUCUUAACGUGGGGCAUCUGUUAGCAUGGCUUUGGCUUGAGAGGUGAGCGUGGGUUAUGUGACACGAUUUGCAUUGGGCACAAAGGAGUGACGAUGUGCUGGAGGCAUCCUGGAGUGAAAAUGCACGGAAUAACAGUUAGCAAUGUUCUCUAGAAGCAGAGGUAUGGGAUAAAAUACCUUCUGAUCCAUGGAUUGUAGCUGGUAAAGAAGUGCUACAUCAUUUCACUGGCAUUCAGGUCACCACUGUGAGCCAGCCCAACAGAAACAGGUGUGAGCAAUUCCUCCUCUGUAUCCUCCAGCAGCUGGUGGGGCUCUUGUGGGACUCCCAGUCAGUGCCUUUCAGUACCAUCAUAUAGCAGUGGUGGUACAGCUGCAGCUGAUAGAUAAUAGGGGUGGAUUUUGUAUCUCUUAGGAGUGGUGUCCCACACCACUAUCCAAAACUCCUUGGUGUUAAUAGCUAGAAUUAAUUGAAAUGAUUCUGUGACAAAGGAAUCGCAGGGAAAAGGUCAUUCUGGAGUUCCUCUGUGCAGUAAAGUGUAAAAACAGUUCCUAAGGGUCUUCAGCAGUGACCUGGGCAAGGAUGCAGCACAGCAGGUGUGUGUUUGUGGGAGGGCUGGCUGAGAAGUGCUUGCUGAUGCAGGGGUUUGGUACAAGAAAAAUUUUCAGGCCCCUGAAGCUGCUGGGUGAGCUGCUUUGCUUUCAGAGAGCAGCAGCUCUCUAGAAUGAAGAGCAAACUAUUUGAAACCAUCCAUAAAAUGCUGUCAGUGUCUCAUUAUGCAAUUCCAGCAUAAGCACAGCAGGAUCAGAACCACCCUUAGAGCCAGGGUUGGGGUUCAGGCCAGGGUUGGGGCUUGGUGGCAUUUCCUGUAGGAAAGUAUUAGGAAGGUACCUCUCUCUCACAAGUGUGUAGCUGUUAUUUGACUCUUCCAGACAAACCAGUUAAAAUCCAGCGCUGAUCUCCAUGUCCCCCAUGAUUGCCAAGUUUCAGGAAAUUCAGCACGUUAUUCCUUGGUACGUACACAUUAUCCUGACGGCACAUAAGCAUUACACUAAAGAGCCUUUAACCAAAAUCCUGACUAGAACAUCGUGACCUUGGCUCGAGAGCAGAAAGCAGCACCGGGGCGGGGCCAUUGGCCGCAGAGCUCCGAGCCCGAGGAUGAGCGGCGGCGGCGGCUUCCCGGCGCGUCCCGGCCCGGCGCUGUCUGCCCGCGGCGCCCGCAUCGCCGCCGGCGUGCCGGGGCUGCUGGACGGGGGCUUCGCCCUCUACGUCUCCGAUCCCUUCGACCGGGAGCGCAACCCCGAGGGCAUCGUGAACCUGGGGACCAGCGAGAACAAGCUGUGCUUUGAUUUGAUAGAGGAGAGACUCACACGGCCUGACAUGGACUGCCUGCAGCCUGAUCUCUUCCAGUACCCUGACACGCAGGGUGCGAGGAGCUUCAGAGAAGAAAUUGCCAAAUUUCUGACUCACUAUGCCAGAGCCGCAAAAGAACUUAGACCAGAACAUAUCACUGUCAUGAAUGGCUGCUGUGCAGUUUUUGCCACUCUGUCAACUGUGCUGUGUGACCCUGGUGAUGGAUAUCUUAUUCCAGCUCCUCACUAUGGUGGCAUAAAUUCAAAAAUGUGGCUAUAUGGUGGGCUGCAGCCCGUGCAUGUGCCCUUGUCCAGUGAGGUGACUAACGAAGAAACUCACCCUUUCCAGUUAACAGCUGAAAAAUUAGAAGCUGCACUACAGAGAGCUAAAAAGCAGGGCAUCAGAGUGAGAGCAUUAGUCCUCAUCAACCCUAACAACCCCUUAGGGAACAUUUACCCAGCGCAGUUACUGAAGGAAUGCCUUGAGUUUGCACACAGACAUGAAUUGCAUGUAAUAAUGGAUGAAAUCUAUAUGCUGUCUGUUUAUGAUGAUACCACCUUCACCAGUGUUCUUAGCUUAGAUAGUUUACCAGAUCUUGAACGAACACAUUUCAUGUGGGGUUUUAGCAAGGAUUUUGGUAUGAGCGGAAUCAGAGUUGGGGUACUGUACACCAGAAAUCAUGAAAUUCAGAAAGCUGUGAAUCAACUAGCUGUCUUCCACAGCUGUCCUGGACCCGUUCAGCAUGUUCUCACUCAAUUCCUUAAGGACAGAGAGUGGUUGGAUAAUGUGUUUUUUCCCACCAACAAGAAGAGACUUAAGGAAGCACAGAAUCUUCUUGUGGAUGGACUUGCAGACAUUGGAAUACCUGUGCUGAAAAGUUCAGGAGGACUCUAUGUGUGGGCAGACUUCAGAAAAUUCUUAAAAUCACAGACAUUUGAAGCUGAACUCGAACUAUGGCAGAAGCUCCUUGAUAAGAAACUCCUGAUUAGUCCUGGGAAAGCUUUUUAUUGUUAUGAACCUGGAUGGUUUCGAUUAGUUUUCUCUGAUUCUGUGAAUAAGAUUUAUUUAUGUAUUGAGAGACUUCAGCAAAUGCUGCAUGCUGAUGAUGCCAAACCAGUUGUAAACAACACAUCUGCUACUGCAGACUCUUCCUGCAGCCCAGAAAAAGAUUCUUCUGGCAUACCAUCAAAUACACCACGAGAUGAUGCCUCCCAGCUAAAAAAUAUAUUUGUUUUUUAAAUUUAUCUGUGUGUUUAAUUACUGAUGAAAUUUAGCAUGCUUAUGUUUACUAAAGGAUUACAUUACUUAGGUAUUUUUGGCUGUAACAUUGCAUAACAGUCUCACUUCACUGUGACUUGGCAUUUCUAGUCAUGCACGCAGACCUGUUGAAUGGAAUUUGAAGAAAUUGAACUUUUUAGAUAUUCUGAAAUUUGCCCUUGUUGAGCACUGCCUCCAGCUUUAUUCAAUUUAAAGUGGAUUAAGCAUCAGUGAAAAGCAAGAAGUCUUACAUAUAUACCUGGAUGGCAGAUUAUAAAAUUUUGUACAUACUGGUAAAAAUUAUGCAGAUAGCUAUAUGUAGUGGACUGCAUAUUUUAAUCAGAAGACUGCAAAUACUAAAUCAGGUGAUAUUUAAGUUCUAAAUUUUUGUAGCUGUCAAAAAUAAGAGAUACUGUCAAUAAUUUCAAAUACCUGUAAUGCUCCAAAACCAGCAGUAUAGUGCAAUACAGGGUUAUAUAUCAAGUUUUUAAGUAACUUACUACAUGCACAUGAGAUGUGUGCCCAUGUUCAGCAUGUUGCAGCAGUUAAUCCUAAGAUCAUGUCACUCCUGAGUUUUGCUCUCCUUCUCACUUUGUUGAGCUUCCUGUUUGCUGCUCUAUCAAAUUACCAAGCAUCCAGAAGUACAAAUGACAGUCCUUAAAAAGAUAGAUAUUCACAGUAACCAUCACCAUCACAGUAACCAUCACCAUCACAGUAACCAUCACCCAUCUUCUCUGUAGUCCAUAACUUUUCACUGGGGUUCAAUUCUGACAAUAAAUGCAACAUAAUUCAUUGAUCAAGGGGCCAUCUCAUCAGUGAGGAAAAUAUUUCACUGAUGAGUCGGUAUGUUGUGUUCACUCUCUCAUUAAUACACUUCUACAAUAUCUUAAGAUUUUUUCCAUCCAUAGAAAUACUAUUACAUGAAAAUACAUUCCACAGCCACCUUGCCAGAAUGCCUCAAGGAGCAGUCCUGUACUUUCCUUUAGGUAGAAGUGGCACUUUGCUGAUAGU